CUCGGCAGUUAUCAAUCAAUCAACUUCACGGUUUUCACACACUGGAAAUCAAAUUUGCCGCCAUUAUUGUUUCUAUGGGCAACCACUUCAUUAAUGGCGUCCGAGAGAAAAGAAAAUGGAAAAGUAAUUCCAGAAAAAGGAAAUUCAAGGUUAACUGUUCCAAGUACGGGUGCUUUGAUCCUGUCUCUUGGAUCGAUGGAGUGCAAUAACUCGUCAGCUGGAAGUGCCUACAAUCUGUUUGAUGAAAUGCCAUUGAAUGUUUAUGCAGCUCUAAUGGAGUUCAAUGCUUCUGGUUCAAGAAGUGGAAGCUUCAGAACAAACAGUUCAUCUGUUUGGAGAGCCAAUGGGAAGGAUGCUUUUGUGCGGUCGUCGAGGAAGGAAGAUGAUGAGGUGGCGCUUAUGUGGGCUGCCCUUCAGAGAGUUCCGACCUUUGACCGCCUAAAAAAGGGGCUGAUGCCUGGCUUAAGAGGUGAGAUGAGUGAAGUUGAUAUAAAGAACAUUGGAUGUGAAGAAAAGAAGAAAAUCAUCGAGAGGUUAAUUAGAGUCCCAGAAAGAGAUAAUGAGAAGUUCUUAUUGAAACUUAAGGAUCGCAUCGACAGGGUUGCCAUUGAUAUUCCAACAGUUGAGGUCAGAUUUGAGCAUUUGAAUGUUGGUGCAAAUGCUUAUGUGGGAAAGAGAGCUUUGCCUUCUAUCACAAACCUUACCUUAAACAUACUUGAGGGGCUAUUGAGCUAUCUAUACGUGCCUACAAACAAGAAGCAUGUUUCUAUUCUCCACGAUGUUAGUGGAAUCAUCAAGCCUGGCAGGAUGACAUUGCUCCUAGGGCCUCCAAGUUCAGGGAAGACCACUCUGUUGUUGGCAUUGGCAGGGCAACUUGAUCCUGGUUUGGAAUUUUCUGGAAGAGUCUCUUACAAUGGGCAUGAAAUGAAUGAAUUUGUUCCCAUGAGAACCGCUGCCUACAUCAGCCAGCAUGACGUCCAUAUUCCAGAAAUGACUGCCCGAGAAACCUUAGCAUUUUCUGCAAGAUGCCAAGGCGUUGGCUCCAGACACGAAAUUUUAGCAGAGUUAUCUAGAAGAGAGAAAGCGGCAAAUAUUAUGCCUGAUCCUGAUUUGGACAUUUUUAUGAAGGCUGCUGCAACUGAUGGUCAAGAAGCAAAUGUGGUUGUAGACUACAUCAUCAAGAUUUUGGGACUUGAAGGAUGUGAGGAUACAAUCGUUGGAAAUGAAUUGUUAAGGGGUAUGUCAGGGGGAGAGAGAAAGCGGCUUACUGCAGGCGAAAUGCUUGUAGGACCGGCAAAUGUUUUGUUGAUUGAUGAAGUGUCAACUGGUUUAGACAGUUCAACCACAUUCCAAAUCAUAAAAUCCAUCAAACACUAUGUACACACUCUUUGUGGCACUGCUGUGAUUUCUCUUCUUCAGCCAGCACCAGAAUGUUAUGAUCUGUUUGACGAUAUAAUUCUCAUAUCCGAAGGCCAGAUCGUUUAUCAUGGUCCACGUGACAACGUGCUUGAUUUUUUUGAAUCCAUGGGCUUCAGAUGUCCAGAAAGAAAAGGAGUAGCUGACUUCUUGCAAGAAGUAACAUCAAGGAAAGAUCAAAUGCAGUAUUGGGUGCAUAAGGACAAGCCUUACAGAUUUGUAACAGUCAAGGAAUUUUCUGAGGCAUUUCAGUCUUUUCACAUUGGCCGCAACUUAGGAGAUGAGCUUGCUACCCCAUUUCAAAAGGCUAGAAGUCAUCCGGCUGCCUUAACUACCAAAAGAUAUGGUGUUAGUAAGAUGGAGCUCUUAAAAUCUUGCUUUUCCAGAGAAGUUCUGCUGAUGAAGAGAAACAGUGCUCUUCAUAUAUUUGGGUUUACAUGGGUGAUACUUUUGGCACUGAUUACAAUGACGCUUUUCAUAAGGACCAAUAUGGACCGAAGCUCACCAAUAGGUGCUCAGAUUUACCUGGGCUCCCUCUUCUGGACUCUUACCAUCUUCCUGUUUAGCGCAUUACAGGAGUUAGCUCCAACUAUUUUUCGUCUUCCAGUUUUUUACAAGCAAAGGGAUCUUUUAUUCUAUCCAGCGUGGGCCUAUGCUAUACCUACAUGGAUCCUGAGGCUACCAUUAUCUUUCAUAGAAGUUUCUGCCUGGGUGUUCUCUGCAUACUAUGUCAUUGGUUAUGAUCCAGAUGUUGGAAGGUUAUUCAAACAAUGGGUUUUACUCAUAAUUUAUAGGCAACUAUCCUCUGUGUUAUUUAGAUGUGCUGGGGUAAUAGGUAGGAGUAUGACCAAUGCGUUUGUAGUUGGUUCAUUCCUAAUGCUUAUGCUCUUUGCCUUGGGUGGUUUCAUCUUGUCACGAGAGCAAGUGAAGAAAUGGUGGCUCUGGGGUUAUUGGAUAUCACCAUUGAUGUAUGCUCAAAAUGCUAUCGCCGUAAAUGAAUUCCUUGGAAGAAGUUGGAAUACUGUCCUUCCAUUUUCAUCAGAACCAUUUGGUGUACUAGUACUGAAGUAUCGCGGGCUUUACCCAGAGGCGCAUUGGUACUGGCUUGGAGUAGGGGCAUUGCUUGGAUUCUCAGUUGUUGCAAUCUUCGUUUAUAUUCUUUCUUUGACAAAGCUAAGACCACUAGCACAGCUUCAGGCUAUUGUCCCAGCAGAAUCACAUUCCAAUGAGCAUGAUAUAAGUAAUGGAGGAUCCUCUAAGGUCAAGACUGGGACUGGUAACAUAACUUGUGGGAUGAUCCUUCCAUUUGAGCCACAUUCCAUUGUGUUCAAUGAAAUUAAGUAUUCUGUGGACAUGCCACAGGAGAUGAAGAUUGAGGGAGUCCUGGAUGGUCGUCUUGAGCUUUUGAAAGGUGUUAGCGGGGCUUUUAGGCCAGGUGUUCUGACAGCUCUCAUGGGCGUUAGUGGUGCAGGUAAAACCACACUGAUGGAUGUCCUUGCUGGUAGGAAAACUGGUGGGUAUAUUGAAGGGGACAUUAGAUUAUCUGGCUUUCCAAAGAAGCAGGAAACAUUUGCCCGCAUUUCUGGAUACUGCGAGCAAAACGACAUCCACUCUCCUCACCUUACAGUAUACGAGUCCUUGACCUUUUCAGCUUGGCUCCGCUUACCAUCAGGAAUCACUUCAGAAGCUAGAAAUUUGUUCAUCAAGGAAGUCAUGCAAUUAGUUGAGCUUGACUCUUUGAAAGAUGCAUUGGUUGGUUUACCCGGGGUGAAUGGUCUAUCAACUGGGCAACGUAAAAGGCUGACCAUAGCAGUUGAAUUGGUGGCUAAUCCUUCACUAAUAUUUAUGGACGAGCCAACAUCUGGUCUUGAUGCAAGGGCUGCUGCAAUAGUAAUGAGGACAGUUCGGAAUAUUGUUGACACUGGUAGAACAAUUGUUUGCACAAUCCACCAGCCAAGCAUUGACAUAUUUGAAGCUUUUGAUGAGUUGCUCCUAAUGACACUAGGAGGACAAGAAAUUUAUCUUGGCCCACUAGGACAUCAUUCUUUCCAUUUAAUAAAUUACUUUGAGAAUAUUGAAGGCAUAGAAAAAAUAAAAAAUGGCUACAAUCCUGCCACAUGGGUGCUGGAGAAUACAACACGAGAAAAAGAAGAGGCUCUCGGUAUUAAUUUCAAUGAGAUCUACAGAAAAUCUGAAUUGUACCAGAUAAACAUGGCUUUGAUAAAAGAACUGAGCACACCUCCUCCCGGUUCUAGGGAUCUAAAAUUUUCAACAAAAUACUCACAAUCCUUCUGGACUCAAUUCGUAGCAUGCCUAUAUAAACAACGAUGGUCCUACUGGCAUAACACAUCGUACACUGCACUAAGGGCCUUUUUCACGAUUGUUAUUGCAUUGAUGUUUGGGACAAUGUUCUGGGAUCUUGGUGGGAGAAGGAGUAAGGCACAAGAUUUGUUCAAUGCCAUGGGUUCCAUGUAUGCAGCUGUUCUGUUUAUUGGGACACUAAAUGCAUUCAUUGUUCAGCAAGCAGUUGCAGUAGAACGAACAGUGUGUUACAGAGAAAGAGCUGCAGGGAUGUAUUCUGCCUUGCCGUUUUCCUUUGCAAUGAUUGUGGUUGAGCUCCCAUAUAUUUUGAUACAAGCAGUCAUAUACGGUGCCACGGUCUACUCAAUGAUUGGAUUUGAAUGGACAGUUAGGAAGUUUUUGUGGUACCUUCUCAUCAUGUUCUUAACAUUCUUGUACGCCACUUUCCUCGGCAUGAUGUCAGUGGCCAUGACACCAAACCUGCAAAUUGCAUCCAUCUUGGCAACCGGAUCAUUCGGAAUAUGGAACCUCUUCUCCGGAUUCUUGAUUCCCCGACCCAUGGCUCCAGUGUGGUGGAGAUGGUAUUUUCGGCUGUCACCUGUCGGAUGGACGCUAUACGGGCUGGUGGCAUCACAGUUUGGGGAUUUCCAGGAUGUUUUGGAGACGUUCGACACGGUGGAGAACUUCUUGAGACAUUUUUUUGGGUUUCGGCGCGACUUUGUUGGAGAAACUGCAGCUAUACUGACCGGUUUCGUUCUUCUCUUUGCAACAAUGUUUGCUUUCUCCAUGAAGAUGUUCAAUUUCCAAAAGAGAUGAUCACAAUACAAGCAGCUUGAAUAAAGGGAUAUCAGUCAGGUCCAAAUAAAAUGCUAAAUGCCCAUAUGAAAAAACUGUUAAAACUCAGACGCUUUGGCAUUGUUAGAAUUUGGAAAUGCAUUUAUACUCCAUUGUUUAUUCUUUAUAAAUUUGGAUAGAACUGUGAAUCAUUUGCACUACACAGCAUAGCAUAUAUGCAAAAGUGCAAAACCAUGACCAGCAAAGAAAUUUAUUGUAACUAA